CCUCGGCUCCCGGUGCGGUCCGUCGGACUGUACGCGGCUACUAUUUAUUUUUUGGUUUAGCGCUCGUUUUUUGAGAACCAUAGAGGCAGUUUUGUGUUUUUAAGGGCGUAUGAGACGCGUGUGUUGGUUGUGAAGCGAGGAAUAUAACAUAAAGCGUUCUUGGAAAACGGAUAGCUGAGGAAUUUGUUCACAACAAAAAGGCCGCACGCGGAUCCCCGGUCUUUCUUAGACGGAGCAAGUCGAUUUUCAUUCUCGCCAUGGGGGACACAGGAAGCGAACGAAGCAAACCGCCCAGUAACGUUAUACCUCCACGGUGUCCGUGUGGAUUCUGGGGGUCGAGCAAAACCAUGAACCUCUGCUCCAAAUGUUUUGCAGACAUCCAGAAGAAGCAACCAGACGAGGACUGUGCUUCAGAGCCUGCCCCCAGCUCCAGCAGUAGCCAAUCAGCCGUCUUCUGUAACGAGACAAGCAGCAGCAGUAGCCAAACUCUGUCCUCUGGUUCCGAAGGGCCAUCCACAGAUGCCACACCACUUUCUAAACAGGAAGAAGUCUCGAGUACAGACACAGCCCGCGGCACGCUAUCUACUCCCACGAAACGGCCCUGUGACGCAGCCUCAGGUUCGGAGAGCGAGGCAUCCCCAGAGAAGCGGGCGCGGGUCAGCGAGUCCUCCGAAGAAUAUCUGCGAGGGCCCAAGCAGAAAAACCGCCGGCGCUGCCAUCGCUGCCAAACCAAACUCGAGCUCGUACAGCAGGAGCUGGGCUCAUGUCGCUGUGGCUACGUGUUCUGCAUGUUGCACCGGCUGCCGGAGCAGCACGACUGCCUGUUCGACCACCUGGGCCGCGGCAGAGAGGAGGCCGUGCUUAAGAUGGUCAAGCUGGACCGCAAGGUGGGCCGAUCCUGCCAGCGCAUUGGAGAGGAGUGCUCCUGAACACACACACACACACACUCACACACACAGCGACACCCCUCCCUGUCCAUCUUCCUGUCCCUAUUUCAACUGAGGUCAAUGGUGCUCAGACUCUCAGUACUGAACAAUGUAAACCCUUCCCCUUACUCUCUUGCCUCACAUGCCACCACCCACCCCCACACACACACUCACACUCACACACUCACACACACACCGUUCACACUGAUACACACAGAUAAAACAUGCAAUCUUAUGGCCCUGGCACUCCUCACGACUGUCUUAAGCUCCUUCCUGUGGGUCUUGUUGGGAGAAGACCACCUCAAGAAGAGAGAACGCAUCUUCUGGCAUGCCAUCACCAUCUCUAGUUUUGGACUUCCUUCAGUUUUCGGCCCACCACGUUCCAUAAUGAUCAGGUUUCUGGUUUGAUUGUGUGUUUUUUUUUUUUUAAAUUCAGGUUUUGAAAUGUAGGUCAGUAGAUAAGAUCCAACACAAAAUUUCAAAGCAGGACUCGAGGCUGACAAGGGCACGAUCAGGGUUGACUUUAACACCCACUCUCUGCCCUUCUUUAGUUGGAUUUGGACCGAAGAAGCGCCUCGGUUGACUCUUCUAACGCGACCUCAUGUUUCUUUCGUAAUUCCCGAGAUGAUGGACUUCAACGGAUCACGCACUCACUCGCACAAACUGUGCUUUUACGUUCAUCUGCAGCACAUGGACAGAACUCAACUCGAACUCUGGUUUAAUUCGGGAUCGGGCUGUCAGCAGAGGCCCCGGGGCUUCAUGGGCGCUGUAGUUCAGGUCUGAGUUUAUGCUCUGUGUACUUUCAAACUACAGCUCCUAUCAGACCCAAUGUGUUGUACCUAGUGACGCUCUGCCUCCUGAAAGCAGCGACUCUCGAAGGAACCCUUCUUCUUUUUUUUUCCCUCUUUUUCUGACCACUUCAUCCUAAAUUCUUCCUGAUUGUCAGUGUUUCACGCUCAUUCUCGCACUCCUCACUUUUCACUCACACUUAUCUCGUUCCUCACAUUUCAGAAGUGGUUCAAGGGAGAGCUGGGCUUUGAAGGUUGGAGGCAGAGUGCUGAAUCCUCUGUCGCUUUUUUACUUUAAGCCGUUUUUUCCGUUUUCGAUGAGGACAGAGCCGAAGAUGAUUAGCGAAUAUCCUGUAUCUUAAAGAAAUCCUUAUUUAACCUUCUUUGUGUUUCUGAUUAACUCGCACUAGCAUAGAGCUGCAUUGUUUUUUUUUCCUUUUUAGGUUAACAUUGUUAAAAAGAUAAACAGUAUGAAUAUGAGAAUAAUUCUGUAGCCUUUCUUUGGGUUUAUUUUGUUUUUCCUCCUUUUAUCUCCUUUUUUUCCCCUUGCUGAAAGCGAAUAAACUGGAUUAGUGAAUUUU